UGAGGGGUACUUACAGAUGUUGGGCGCCCUAUAAAGGAACAACGGCGGGCACCCUCCUCCUCCAGCCAUCUCGUCGCCUCACAGCACCCGUGGAACAUCAAAAACAAUGUCAUCCCUCCGCGAUCCCCUCGAGGCAGGCGCGCAAGCCGUCCUCAACAUCGGCGCCAACCUCUCCGCGCUCUUCCUUGCCAUCGCCUUGUUCUGGCAGGUCCUGGUCUUCCGCAUACUUGGCCUGGCACCUGUAUACCGUCCUAGGGACGUUCUCAUCACGGGUGCGAGCUCCGGCAUAGGCGCGGCACUAGCGAAAUCCUACGCUGGAUCCGGCAACUGCACGCGUCUCGUGCUCGUGGCGCGCAGCGUCGACCGGCUGGAAAAGGUCGCAGCGGAAUGCCGGAAGCUCGGGGUGGACGUCCGUGUGGAGUCGGUCGAUUCGGGGGACGCAGAGUCGUUGAGGGCCGUGAUGAAAAAGUACCAGAAUGUCGAUCUGGUCAUUGCGAAUGCGGGGAUGGUGAUGCCGGAGACGAGCGGGUUGGAUAACACUAUGGAUGCCGCUGAGGAAAUCGUCCGAGUCAAUGUUUGCGGGACGUUUAACACCAUCGCCCCAAUCAUGGACUCGAUGCGGCGCCGGCGCACCGGCCAAGUUGCAAUCGUCAGCUCCAUCGCCGGGUUUUUCGGGCAUCCCUCCCUCACCUACUACGCAGCAACCAAAGCCGCCCUCGUCGCCUUCUCCCGCGGUAUCCGCCCCGUGGCAGCACAAGACGGGAUCCGAUUCUCCUGCAUCUGUCCAGGCCUCGUCGACACGCCUAUGGCGGCAAACCUGAAGGGCGUCCCGACGUGGAUUGCGUGGAUGCCCGAGACGGCUGCCGAGACCAUUCGACAUGGCCUUGAGCGGGAUCGGCCGGUUAUCGGGUUCCCCAAGUGGCAGUAUUUUGCGGUGGAGAUGGCUAGGUACUGUCAUGGUUUUCGAUAAUGGCUCUACUACGCGAUACACCGGUCUUAACCAACUCGUUUGUCAUCUAC